AUGAGCUCAGGUGUAGAUUCAGCCGUAAGUGCUGCGCUCUAUGCUCACAAGUACAAAAACGUGCAUGGAAUAUACAUGGCCAACUGGUCCCAAACCGCCACAUGCACAGAACGCGACUGGAAUGACGUGCAACAGUUGUGUCAUGAUUUGAAAAUCUCGUGUGAACGAGUGAAUUUCGAGAGGGACUACUGGCAAACUGUGUUUCAACCCAUGAUUGACAAAUAUGCUCGCGGAUUGACUCCUAACCCGGACACUGGAUGCAAUAAACAUGUUAAAUUCGGUAAGUUGGCAAAUUACUUGGAGAGUAAAUAUCACAGCAAGAGGUGGUGGUUAGUAACUGGACAUUAUGCCCGGAUAAUGAAACAUAAUCCAUCAGGGGAAACGCACUUAUUACGAGGGCAUUCUUCCAAAAAGGACCAAUCGUACUACUUGUCGUCUAUCCCUCCUUCCAUAAUGCCCAAAGUUCUCUUGCCAAUAGGUCAUUACAUUAAACCAGAAAUCAGAGAGCUCGGCAAACAAUUUGGCUUGCAUGUUGCAUCCAAACCUGACUCUCAAGGGUUAUGUUUUGUUAGCCCCGAUCAAAACAACUUCCGCGACUUUCUCAAUAACUAUCUCGAACCUAAUCCAGGUGACAUUGUUUCUCAAGACGGCAAGGUCUGGGGCCAUCAUCAGGGACUUUGGCAUGCCACUAUUGGCCAGAGAUCAACGGUAUCUAUGCCCCAAGGGGAUCCUAAUUUCAAGGGAACGUGGUAUGUAAGUGCUAAGGACCCCGUCAAGAAUCAGUUGAUAAUUGUGAGAGGAUGGGACCACCCAAGUUUAUUCAAGGAUCAAGCUAACUUGUACGAACUAGACUGGUUAUAUCCCCAGGAAAAAGUGUUGGCUAUCCCACCUCAAGAAUUACAAUUUCAAUUUCAUUCAUUAGGAAAACGAUACAACAUCAAGUCGAUUGACUUAACCAAUGACAAAUUGUCAGUAAAUAUUCACCCCAAGGCAAGAGCAAUGGCUCCAGGACAAAUUGGAGUUAUUUAUCGAGGAAACCAAGUGUUGGCUUCGGGGAUAAUUAUGUAA